AGAUUUUGAAUGGUAUUACAUUGACUGUAUGCGUUCACUUGAGGUAGUUAUGAUUGACAUCAAGUCUACAAAAUUGGGAGAUACAUAUUUUAAAUGUUUUGUACAUGAUGUGCCUGGGAAUUUCGAGGAAUCUUCGGUUUGUAACACCGAAAAUACCAUUCUUCCUGGAAAAGUAUAUCUAAGGAGAACACGAGGUCGUUUCUUUACAUUUGCUUUGAAUACAACCAUAACAGCCACCAUGACAUUUCAGGUGUAUGUAUCGAGUAUAGAAGCACAAUAUGGUGAGACAUGUUUUGAAAGUAUUGAAAUAAACGACAAACAGGUACCAAACACUCAGAUCACUCUUUCUUCUGGAACCACAGAACAAAUACCUACAAAUACAAACACUAUUUUUACUGGUUGGAUUCAUGAUGCUACAGAUCUGACACCUUGGGUUUUGGUGGAUUUAAUAGAUGUUACAACAAUAGAAGGAAUUGGUGUUUACGUUUCAAAAGACUGUGACAUGUGGACCACUUUCAGUUUAGAUUUCGGCAACAAUAAGGAUACAUUACAGUUAUACAAGGACAUGGAAUUUAGAAUAUUCCCACCUGAAAGCUUUUGGACUAGCAAUCAAGUGUUCAUUCUGCCGAGACCAAUCAAUGGAAGAUACUCAAAGUUCAAACAUUCAUUUGAAAUGCCAACAAGCAAAUCAAGAUGCUUAAAUUUCAAGUUGUUUGGCUGUAAACUGACACGUAUAACUGACAUCAACAGCACCGAAUCAUCUGAAAUGCUACAUGUCGAAUAUGAAUUGUUAUCUGGAGAUUCAACUGUCUUGAAUACGAAUCUUACAAGAUGUAUUGAACUUUGUAGUAUUCAGACAAAUUGUAGUGUUGCCAGUUUUAAAACUAUGUCUAACAUAACUAUAGAAGAUGAUAACGAACAUCAUGGACCAAAUGGAUCAAUCGAACCAGUCGGAAUUUGUAAUCACUACAUGUAUAGUCCUUUUGGAUUAUGGAAAAGUAAGAAUAUUACCGAUGAUGGACAUUGUUAUGCCAAACUACAGAACAUUGGAAUUAUGAUGUCGUUCCCGAGAGCUAAACGCAAAGAUGGAUUUUUCUUUGGUCACGUACAAUACGUAGAUAAAGACUCUAUUAUUACGUCCUUAAGUUACCCAUUCAGGACAAUUUUGGACAGUGAUCUACAGUGGAUAGUAAACUUCAAACCAAACCAAUUUGCCAAAUUGGUUUUCACAAACGUCUCUUUAUCAGAG